AUGUUUCUGUCUCUUCCUACGUUGACUGUCCUUAUUCCACUGGUCUCUUUAGCAGGACUGUUCUACUCAGCCUCUGUGGAGGAAAACUUCCCACAGGGCUGCACUAGCACAACCAGCCUGUGCUUUUACAGUCUCCUCCUGCCAGUUACCAUACCAGUUUAUGUGUUCUUCCACCUUUGGACCUGGAUGGGUAUUAAACUCUUCAGGCAUAAUUAAUACAACCAGAGCCAAGAUGAUACACAUAUUAAUGAUAUAUGUCAUGUCUGUCUCUGAAAGCUCAGUGACAUGGAAAUACUGGAAACCCACUUAAUUUGCAGGAAAGGUGCUUUGCCUUGCUUCUCUCAGAGGUUUUGGACUAUGGGAGGCUUAAGCUGCAGAAAUUUCUUGUACUUUUGUUCUGCCCUUAUUUUUUGAAAAUUCUAACAUAUGACUGCUGUAUCAGAAGAAACAUUUCAGGAAAGUUUCCUAUUGGAAAUUAACAGUCCUGACCAUCAGCUGAUGACUUUAUUACCCCAUUCAUCUAAAGUUAAUAAUUAAAAAUUUUUAUGUUUAUUUUAGAUUCAAAGUAUCUGGUACUGACAUGUUAAGGAUGACUGAAAUAACUCCAAAGGAGUUAUGCUGGAGUAGUUGUAGAGAAAUACAUUUGAGCUAGUGUACUAGAAAACUGCAAUACAGUGGAAAUUUCAUGUACUUGCAAACAUUCUGAGUUUGUAAAAUUACCUUCAUUUCUUUGGCAUCAAAGGCUUACAUUAGUAAUAAAAUGACAGCUUUCCAUUUAAAAAAAAGUGUGCAGUUUUUUUUGUUUGAUCA